GAGAAUAUUCAUAAAAAGUAAUUAUUGUUAUCUCAAACAUUGUUAUAAAGUAGAAUAAAGGUACAUGUUAGAGGCAAAUAAAAUUGAGAUGUGUAUUGUGAUUAGCAAAGAAGUGCAUCGCCUUAGAGAUUGAGUUGUUUAGGUCAAACUUUUUGCUCUUUUAAAACACGACCGUUUACAAUGAGCCAAGUUUUAGGUAUAUACGUAUCUCUUGUGAUUGGUCGCCAGUAGUUUGAUUUUUUCAAAAAUGACGGGUUUUGACAUAUGGUGACAAAUGUCAGAUGCCCUCACCGAAACGAUGGAUUUGGACCAUAAAUACAGAGUUUGUAGAAAUAUUUGCUUGUUGCACACUAAUAUAUAAUUAAAUGGUUAGAAGCAUGAUGUUUCAUUUCAAGAAAAAUAUCGUUUGAGAAAAAAGGAUGGAGUUCAUCUUAGGACAAGCUCUGUUCCUCCUCUUUUGCUUUAUCUUAUCAUGUUUUCUUAUCAUCUGUACAACAAGAUCAAGAAGGAAAUCUUUUGAGGCCGCAGCAACGGCUCCUGGACCUCCACGACUACCUAUCAUCGGAAACAUUCACCUUGUCGUAAUCAUAACUUCGCCAGAAGCUGCAAGAGAAGUUUUAAGAACACAUGACCAAGUCUUGUCUUGGCGCAGCUCCACUAACUCGAUACGUUCCAUCAAUCACCACGAGGUUUCCGUUGUCUGGCUCCCUCCGUCGGCUCGUUGGAGGCUGCUGAGGAAACUAUCGGUAACUCUACUGUUCUCUCCGCAGCGUAUCGAAGCCACAAAAGCCUUGAGGUUGAACAAAGUGAAGGAACUUGUGAACUUCAUGAAUGAAAGCAGCGAGAGAGAUGAACCUGUUGAUAUUUCUCGUGUAUCAUUCAUCACAGCUCUUAAUAUCAUAUCCAACAUUCUGUUUUCUGUCGAUCUCGGUAGCUACGACUUGAAGAAGUCCAAUGAGUUUCAGGACGCGGUGAUCGGUGUCAUGGAAGCUAUCGGAAAUCCAGACGCUGCUAACUACUUUCCAUUUUUGGGGUUUCUUGACAUGCAAGGUAAUAGGAAGGCUAUGAAGGUUGCCUCAGAAAAGUUGUUUAGGGUUUUCAGUGGGUUCAUCGAUGCAAAAAUAGCAAAAAGAUCAUUAAGGAAUGACCGUGAAAAUGUAUCCACCAACGAUUUCGUGGAUGCGCUUCUCGACCUCACAAAAGAAGAUGAAGUAGAGCUCAACACUAACGACUUUGUACACCUUCUCUUGGACCUGUUUGGAGCGGGCACGGACACAAACUCUAGUACCGUGGAAUGGGCAAUGUCAGAGUUACUUCGAAGCCCUAAAACAAUGGCUAAAGCUCAAGCUGAGAUCAAUCGUGUGCUUGGUCAAAAAGGGUUUGUCGAAGAGUCUGAUAUCUCUGAACUGCCGUAUCUACAAGCAGUUGUGAAGGAAGUUUUCCGGUUACAUCCAGCUGCUCCCUUACUCGUCCCACGAAAAGCAGAAUCAGAUGUGGGGGUUCUAGGGUUCAUGGUGCCUAAAGACACUCAAGUUUUGGUGAACGUGUGGGCUAUAGGACGAGAUCCAAGCGUGUGGGAAAAUCCAACCCGGUUUGAGCCAGAAAGGUUUUUAGGUAAAGAGACUGAUGUUAGAGGUAGAGAUUAUGAGCUGACACCGUUUGGAGCCGGAAGAAGAAUCUGUCCAGGAUUGCCUUUGGCUGUGAAGAUAGUGCCUCUCAUGCUUGCUUCGCUUCUCUAUUCUUUUGACUGGAAGCUUCCAAACGGCGUCACUUCGGAGGACUUGGACAUGGACGAGACCUUUGGUCUCACAUUGCAUAAGACCAAUCCGUUACAUGCCGUUCCCGUCAGGAAACGCCUUUAAUUAGCCAUUGUAGUAUAUAUUUCUUUUAUAUGAAUAAAGUUUCACGAACUGAAUAAGUUUGACCUUGUGGGGUUAAGAAAAUGAUUAACCCGGAUUCUUAGGAUGGAGUUUUUAUCUUUUAACUAAAAAAAGUUAAGAACUGUCUUUUAAAUAAGAGAU